AUGAGCACCUCAACCGAGCCAGCAGCACCUACAAGCACAACAGAAGUGCAACCCCGCUUCUCCGCGCUCUUCACCGAGCUCGAGAACCGGUUCAAAGCAACAAACCUCGGCAGCGAUAAGUGGUACGUCCUAGCAAUUUCCACUCUAGCCGCAAGCCCAGACCCAGAGCGCGCAGACCAGCUCUACCUUCACCUCAUCCAGCAAGAGCAAUACACCACCUCCGCAGCCCGACAAGCCCUGAUCCGGCGAUUGCGCGAAGCACUCGUCAAAUCCGUCCCAAUUGUCGGAGUCUGCAAGCCCAUCGAGGCAAUCCUAUCCAUCGCCGAGGUUGAGCGCGACGAGGAUAAGGAUUAUACCUUCACGCGUGAAGGCUGGCAAUGUGACCAGGCGAACCACGAGCGAGGCACGGGGUGGAUGCAGAAGCUGUAUUCGCGGAAUACAACUGGCACGCUAGAUUUGUUUAGUGCUCACCGGGACUUUUCUUGGUUGUCGAAGGAGAUUACUUAUGGGUUGUUUUUGUCGGAUCGGACGGUUCUUGAUGAUUUGGAUACGCAGUUGGUUGUUUUGCCUGGUAUUAUGAGUCAGAAUUUGCCUAAGGAGACGCAUUGGCAUAUUCGUGGGACCAGACGGAUUGGGGUGCCGAAGGAGGAGGUCGAGGUCAUUUGGGAUUGUGUGCAGCUUGUUGCGCAGUUCUUUGAUGUUAAGCUUCAUAAGGUGCCCACUGUUGAGGCUGUUGAGUAUGAUGUUUAA